AGCCUGAGAAGGGGGCGGGGCAGGGCAGUACUGGAGUUCAGUGUUGGAGUUGGAGCUAGCAGUGGAUGUGGUUUUUUUUAUUUAUUUUUUUUAAAUUUGCCAGCUCAAGUGCUCAGGCUGCUAUUUACUCAAAGGACUCUGGUUUUAUUUUGUGCUGGUGGUAUCUUCUGGCUUCUUUUUUUUUAGUGAGGUGGACCUAGUGGAAAAUCUAGCCACGCAUGUGUGUGUGGAGCCGUGGUGAUGGUGGAGGUCCCCCCCUCACAUCCAAGCCUGUGAUUGUUUCUAUUCCCCUGGGCUGCCUGCAGUAGAAGCGUGUGGAACAUUCGGGGGUCAGGUCUGGGUUCAGCAGCGACAAUGAGUAAUCCGUCGAAGAUGAACGGCCCCAACGUAGCGAAGCUGACGGGGAGCAGCGCUCCGGGGAAGGAGGAGCCGGCAGCCAAUGGGCACGGGGAGGGCGAUGCCAACCCGUUUGCAGAUUACAUGUGGAUGGAGAACGAAGAGGAGUACAACCGACAGGUGGAAGAGGAGCUGCUGGAGCAGGAGUUCUUGGAACGCUGUUUCCAGGAGAUGCUGGAUGAAGAGGAUCAGGAUUGGUUCAUUCCGUCGCGGGACCUCCCCUCGGGGGUGGGGCCACUCCAGCAGCAGCUCAAUGGGCUCACUGUCAACGACAACAACAACGCUGACGAGAUCGCGCGGAAGAGCAGUUUAAACCCAGAGGCAAAGGAGUUUGUGCCGGGAGUGAAGUACUGAAAUCUUUCAGGAUCAGAAAGAGGCCCUGAAAAGAGACUCUGUCCGAUGUCAAGUUGGACACGCUGCACACAAACUCGGGACUGGGGAUCAAGGGAAAUUUAUUAAAUAAGCUUUUUUUUUUUUUUUUUU